CGCUCGUGAUCGCUGCCGCGGCUGCUGCGCAUCGCUCAAACGGAUUUUAACUUGAUACGAUACAGAUCUCAGGAAUGUUUUUAGGGAGAGGGGACUUUUGAAUAUUGAACACUGAAAAUAUUCAUCACUCUUUUUCCUACAUCGCUGGAUCGUAAUUUGCUGUGGUUUUGUUGGAUAUUUCCGAUACGAAAAUGCCUUCAGAUAUGAUUGAAAAAUCGUCCUCAUCUCCGGUCGCUGCAACCCCAGCCAGCAUGAACACAACUCCCGAUAAACCCAAGACAGCAUCUGAGCACAGAAAGUCAUCCAAGCCAAUAAUGGAAAAGAGGAGAAGAGCAAGAAUCAACGAGAGCUUGGGGCAGCUGAAAACUCUCAUCCUGGAUGCGCUCAAAAAAGAUAGCUCCAGACACUCUAAACUGGAAAAGGCGGACAUCCUGGAGAUGACGGUGAAACAUCUCCGGAACCUCCAGAGGGCUCAGAUGACCGCUGCCCUCAACACCGACCCCACCGUCUUGGGAAAAUAUCGCGCCGGUUUCAGCGAGUGCAUGAACGAAGUCACCCGGUUCCUGUCCACCUGCGAAGGUGUCAACACCGAGGUCAGAACGCGGCUCCUCGGCCACUUGGCCAGCUGCAUGACCCAGAUCAACGCGAUGAACUACCCCAGCCAGCAUCAACACCAACACCAGCUCCCCUCCGUCGGACCAACCCACCCCUCCUACGGCCAGCCCAUGCAGAUCCCCAACUCAUCCCCGCAGGUCCUGCCCAUGAACCAGGUGUCCUGUAAAGGAGGCUCGUCGCCGGCUAAUUUACCAUCGGACGCCACCAAAGUGUACGGCGGGUUCCAGAUCGUGCCUGCUACAGACGGACAGUUUGCAUUCCUCAUACCUAAUGCGGCUUUUGCGCCAAACGGCCCCGUUAUCCCCGUUUACGCCAAUAACGUCGGCACGCCGGUCCCUCUACCGGCUGCGGUUUCCCCCGGAGCCCCGUCGGGCAACGCGGACUCGGUGUGGCGACCCUGGUGAAAAGUGGAGAAAUGGCCAUAAAGACUUCAAAACUGACACUUCAUAGUUCUCUCUUUGUUCAAUGUUAGAAAGUUGUUUUGAAUCUGUUUUUUUCCUUGUAAAAUGGAAAGAGAAUGCACUAUAUUUGUAAAGCUAACAAGGGAGUGAAGUUCAUAUUGAAAUGAGAUUAGUAUUGUGGAAGUCCGUUCACUGCAUUUUUUUAUAUAUUUGAGUUGUCGGUUUUUUUUUACUGUGUGAUGCCAAAGAUAUGUUCAAUGCUCUUAUGAUCUUCGUUUUGGAAGACAAAUAAAUGUGUAAUGAUAUUGAAAAACAUGCGCUUGAGUUGUUUGUUGGGAAAACUAAAUAAGAUCUUAUUAUGAUUGCGUAAAACUGCAAAUAAUACGAGUUUGCUCCUGUUUGUGCAUCUUAUUUGGUACUUAACAUAUCAUUUGUAGUCUGUGUGGUAGAACACAUUUGCCUUUUUGGUUACACUUUUUGUUUUGUGAGAUCCCCCUUUGAGUGUGCUGUUUACACACAACAUCAACAAGUGUUUUGUUGGGUCAGAAAGUGAUAUAAAAUGUUAAUUGUUA